GAUGUAUCUCCCCCUCUCAUUCUCUCCGUCACACACACACACACUUUCUGCCUCACACAAACACAGAGACACACACAGGAGGCGGUUCUCUCCAGUCCCUCUCCAUCAGAAACAACUGACAGCCAGGCAGGCUAGCUGCAUCCUCUGGUAGCUAUAGCAGCAGCGCAGACCGCUACUAGCCGCCUCUACUGUCUGCUGCAUCUGUCAGCUGGCCGCCUGAUACGUGGAGCCUUUUGUGUCUCCCGAGAGUCCCGACUCCCAUUUGUGCUCUCUAUUGCGGGGGCUAAAGGAAACAACCAACAGCCACACCAAUGGACAUGAUGGGGAAGAAAGAACGCAGGGGCUGGGACUUCAAAGGCUUGCUGAAGAGGAACUGGCUGCUUAUUGCAACCAUUGUGUCGGUGCUGUUAGGGAUAGGUCUUGGGGUGGUGGUCAGGGAAUAUGCCUCCCUCUCCCACCUUCAUAAGCAGUAUUUUGGCUUCCCGGGAGAGAUCCUGAUGCGGAUGCUCAAGCUGGUCAUCCUGCCCCUCAUCAUCUCCAGCAUGAUAACAGGAGUCGCCGCCCUGGAUUCGGAAGUUUCUGGAAAGAUAGGUUUGAGGGCUGUGGUGUAUUACUUCUCCACCACCAUCAUCGCAGUUAUUCUGGGUAUUGUAUUGGUGAUGACCAUCAGACCUGGUGUCUCUCAGGAGGCCGAACAUAUCGACAGGACAGGGACCACACCAAACGUCACCACUGUCGACACUCUACUGGAUCUUGUCAGAAACAUGUUUCCUGAAAACCUACUGCAGGCUUGUUUCCAACAGUACAAGACAAAGCGCAAAGAGCUGGAACCACCUAAAGUGAAGGGGAACACUACAAUUACAAUGUUCCCUCCUCUCUCUACCGCUGUCAUGACAACCAUUUUCCCCCCAGAGAACAUCACCAAGGACUAUAAGAUAGUCGGGUCAUAUUCUGAUGGGAUCAACGUGCUGGGCCUCAUCGUGUUCUGUGUGGCGUUCGGCCUUGUCAUCGGCAAGAUGGGCGAAAGGGGACGCAUUCUGCUGGAAUUCUUUGAUGCUUUAAACGAGGCCACCAUGAGGCUAGUCCAGAUUAUCAUGUGCUACAUGCCAGUGGGGAUACUCUUCCUCAUAGCUGCCAAGAUCAUCGAGGUAGAAGACUGGGAGAUCUUCAGAAAGAUGGGCCUGUACAUGGUGACAGUGCUGAGUGGCCUAGCUAUCCACUCCACCAUUUGUCUGCCGCUGAUCUACUUUGCCAUUGUGAGGAAGAACCCGUAUACCUUUACCUUAGGGAUGGCCCAGGCACUGGUCACUGCUCUCAUGAUCUCUUCCAGCUCUGCCACCCUGCCGGUCACCUUCCGCUGUGCCGAAGAGAACCUCCGGAUCGACAAGAGGAUCACCCGCUUCGUGUUGCCUGUGGGCGCCACUAUCAACAUGGAUGGCACGGCUCUCUACGAGGCGGUUGCUGCCAUCUUCAUUGCCCAGCUCAACGACUACUCUCUGGAUGUGGGUCAGAUUGUCACCAUCAGUAUAACAGCAACAGUAGCCAGCAUCGGAGCUGCCGGUGUACCUAACGCUGGACUUGUCACCAUGGUGAUUGUGCUGACUGCCGUUGGACUACCUGCAAAUGAUGUCACUUUAAUUGUUGCUGUGGAUUGGCUACUAGACCGCUUCCGCACCAUGAUCAACGUGCUGGGGGAUGCCUACGGAGCUGGCAUUGUCCAGAAGCUGUCCAGGCGGGAGCUGGAGAGGAUGGACAUCACCUCGGACGUGGACGUGACCAACCCCUUCGUCCUGGAGACCACGCUGGACGAUGAAGAGUGUGAGAAAAAGUCUUAUGUCAACGGUGGCUUCACCAUCGACAAGACCGAUGCCAUCUCCUUCACCGAGACUUCACAGUUUUAGGAAGGAGGGCGGGGAGCCAAGAAGUGCCAUUGCUGCUAGAUGUUAGCCUGGUGGUCCCAUCCUGUUUGUAAGCAUGUUUCUAGAUCUGUUUGUGCUGUCUUGCCAACUCCUAUGGUCAUUGGCGUGACAACGACUAUUGGUAUUGGCGAGACAACACAAACAUACCUGGUACCAGGCUAGUCUGUUUGUGAUUUAGCCAACUCCUGUCUAUGUUCGUUCAUUGCCAUGUAUACAGUGUAGUACGGCUUGACAAGGAUAGAAGAGUUGGCUAUAGCCAGGGGUGAAAGUCAAUUUAAUUUCUUCCCAGUACGGGACCGCCUAUGUGUGUACGCACUUCAUCAUAGAAUUGCAUAUAGAAUCCCUAUUCAUUCAUAAUGAUCUCUGUGGGCUUAGUCGUAAAGAUUUAUAAUUAAGGCCUCCCGUGUGGCGCAGCGGUCUAAGGCACUGCGGUGCUUGAGAUGUCACUACAGAUCUGGGUUCAAUCCCAGGCUGUGUCCCAGCCGGCUGCGGCCGGGAGACCCGUGAGGCGACGCACAAUUGGCCCAGUGUCGUCCAGGCUAGGGGACGGUUAGCCCGUCACACUCUAGCGACUCCUGUGGCGGGCCGGGCGCAUGCACGCUGACACGGUCGCCAGUUGGACGGUGUUUCCUCCGACACAUUGGUGCGGCUGGCUUCAGGGUUACGCGAACAGUGUGUCAAGAAGCAGUGCGGGGUCAUGUUUCGGAAGACGCGCGGCUCUCGACCUUCGCCUCUCCCAAGUCUGUACGGGACUGUAACUACCAAUUGGAUAUCACCAGAAAAAGAUUUGUCAUUAAAAAUUUUAAAUGUAUUACCUUUUAUUGUGGCAUAAACACAACUAAUCAUUAUGUUUUAAUCUGAUUGUCCAACAAUCACUUCAAAAGGGCUCCUUUAGCCUAUUAGUUUACUCGUGCACAAUCAUCCACUCAAAAUAUAUUUCCAGCCUCCAAACAGUGGUGAAUGGAAAGAGACACAAAACACCACAAAGUGUAAUGACAUUUUGACAAAUGUCAUUAGGCCAGAAUUUAUGCGCCCACUGCUGUUCGUUAGCGUCUUGGUGUCGGCCAUUCAUCUCUGCCUUGGGAAAAUGUCAGUGUUCUUGUCGAGCCACAUCGCAUUUUUGGAGCGUAGGCUAUCCCACCCGUUCAAGUCCAUUUGCUCAUUUUUCAUGCCUCUGACAUGCGGUAGGUAGCCUAUUGAUAAAUAAUGGUGAAAUGGUUCUUGACAUUUUUUUCUUGAAAUAUUGUGACAGGCUCAUGUUUUACCAGUACGGCAUAACCCCACUAUUUAUUUUGCUGGGACGCCAUACUGGACCGUACCGUCUUGCUUUCAUCCCUGGCUAUAGCACAUACAGUAUACGACCAGACUUGGUAGAAAUGUGAGGGGGGUUCGAAGCUAUUCAUAAAACCAGCGCUUGUAAAAGGGAGGAAAAAAACAUGACAUGAGACACUUUCAAGCUCGAACGUUUGCAACAUUAGCCACCAUGUGUUUUCUCUAAGAGCUGUCAUCCUGCUUUUUAACCACGAGCGGAAAUCCUUCAAAUGAGCUGGAAAGUGUCUGAAUAUGGCACCCUAUUCCCUAAAUAAGCCCUGGUCAAAAGUAGUGCACUAUGUAGGGAAUAAUGUGCCCUUUCAGACAGUCCCAUGCUCUCCUUUACUAAAAGCGCUUCCAUCGUUAUGUUGACAUAAUGAACACAGUCACUUUUGAACAAAUCAAUACUUUUGUUAUUGUUUUUACAUAAAGGGAACUAGGAUAUGGGGACUACAAGAGGAGUCAAGAGCUGUUGAAAUUCAUACCUCCACCGUGGGUGUGCAGGUAUGUGUUCUGGUGGUCGUUUGUCUGUUUGUAUUUGUGUCUGAGAAAACGUAAAUAAUAUAUCGCCGGGCUGAGCUGUGUAAAUGUAUUGCAAAAAAGAGCAUGGAAGAAGAAAUACAACUAUAUUCCAGACGUUCAAUAUACUGUGUAUUGCAAAGAUUCAAACAGACUUUCAUAAACUACAGUGUUCCGCUUUGUUUGCCCUCCAGAAGAUAACUACUCUUUACAAAUGUCUUUUCAUUUUUGUCAAAAUUCUUGACAAUUGUGUGUGUAUUGUUAAUGUUAUUAAGCUUCCUGUGUCCAACUGUACAAUAUGUGCCAAACAUCAUAUUCAUUCAUUCAUUCACUUUGUAUCAUUCCAUGUAAAUUUUUUCAUUGCAUGAAGCAAUAUGGCAAAGAAAUACAGUGAAACUUGUAAUGAACAUAGACUUGCUAUACAGUAUGUAUUUUUAAAGUGACAAAUGGCCUUUAGUAAGACAAUAGAGUUGAUGGCACAAUAACGAGGUUUUGGAGGUAAGACUUAAUUGAAUACUGUUAAAUAUUUGGAAAUAUUUUCAUAAUGAAUUGCUAAAGAGUUAACGCUUAACCCUCGUUAAGGGGGGCUAUAUGGAUGACUUAAGGAUGGUCUUAGCGACAAAGGCUUUCUGAUAGCGAACGCUAACUAUAAAAGCUUCAUGAUAGUUUGUCAGAGAAGCAAUAGAAAAUGGUGGGGCCUCUGAAGCAAUGUUUCAGAAGACCCGGCAGUAGAAUCCAGGAAUGCAGUUGGUGCAAUUCCAACUUUAACCAUGGAACCUUAGUUAAAUGAGAUUUUAGAAAACCUCAGAAUUAUGAGCUCCAAACAGCUCAUAAAAAGGCAUUAUGUACGUAAUCACUUUGUGUGGUCCGACAAAUGAAUUAUUUUAUGUAGCCUUACUUUAGCGAUAUGACCCAUUCUGAGCCUUCACGUCAGUUGCAAUCAAGAUGUUUACAUUUUUUUUUUUUUAUAUAAUAAUCUCCAAUUUAUUUCCAUUUUUCAUCCCUUGAGGCAUGGGAUUAUUGAAAUUGCCACUCAAUGUUACAGCUCAUUGCAAUCCACCCUCUGUGACUUGUUUUUGUUCUACCACAGUGGCAUAAGGGCCUAAUUUGAGAUAGUAGACAACUUUAAUAUAUAACAUUUCUGAAGCUGGCAAGAUAUUGGGUACUGGAAAGCAAAUUGAGGGCAAUUUGUAACAUUUGGUUAAUCAGAUGUGACUAAAAAAAAGCUUGUGAAUCAGGUUCUUCUGUACAUUUCAAAAGCACAUGAUGAUAUUAACAACAAAUCAAUAAAUGGCUAUAUUGUGUACCAUUCACAAAUCACCUCAGUAUAUGAAUCCACAUGUGCUAGAUGUAUCUAACUGCAAGCUAAUAAAGACAAAUAUAACUUGGGCGUUUCUCUUUUGGAGGGGUUUCAAAAAUGGCUGAGAAUGUAUUAUUCCAGAGUUGUGGACAUUACUUCUUUCAUUUACUUGUUUUUUUUGUGUCCGGCAUCUGAUUAUUGAAUGUGCAUAUUUUUCCUUUUUCUACUGAGAAGGGUUACUGUACACCGUUUUUUUAAAUGAUCUAUGAGCAGUGCUUGGCUUGGGCAGGAGAUCACCUCACAUUUUCAACAGCUUGAGCUCCUGUUCCUCUUAUAGAAUAUUAUCUCAAAAGUAUUGUGAAACUCCUGCACCCAAAUAUAAACAGUACCGGCACCUAUUUCAGUCCAAGUCAAGCACCGUCUAUGAGAAUGCCAGGAUUUACCAAACUUUCUUGCUUCGUAUCCGAACAUACACAGACCAAAGAAUAAUUUAAAAAUAUCAUCUUGGCAGGAGACAGAACAUUUAGCAGUUUUCAAGGUCGACGGCGAAUGACUUCGCCACGAGCAGCACCACAGAUAUUGAGAUGAGUGAGAUGCAAGACUUCGCUCUCAAACAGUCACUCACACACAGUAUGCGCAUGUGCACGGGUUCGCUUCACGCUGUUCAUAGCGUGGCAGCCAGGGGACCAAAACAGCAGAGAAGUUGAGCCUUGCGCUUGAACACUAUUAGUUGUUGCAGAAAUUGACCCACUAUGCUGUUAACUUUCAGCAUCUACGUCAUAUCGCUGAGUCUACCUUUAAAACCAAUAUCCUGCAAUUCUAUACAUUUUGUUAUGGAACUGAGAGUACAUUUAGCAGUUUUUAAGCUAUUCUACGCAUUUUGACAUGGCUAAUUAUGUGUUCAGGGUUGAGAAUGUUACUUUCUAAAUGUAAUCCGUGAAAGUUAAUAGUUGCCUGUCCAAAAUUGUAAUUAGUAACGUAACUUUUGGAUUACCCAAACUCAGUAACAUAAUCGGAUUACUUUCAAGUACUUUUAGAUUACAUUCUCCUUAAGAGGCAUUAGAAGACAAACAUCCAUCAAACACAUUUGGGGUGCCAUCAAAGUGGUCUUUGGCUUGUGUUCAGACUCGCUCAGGUGGAACAAACUUAAACUUGCACCUUUUUUCAAUGCUGAAUUGAAUGUCAUUGAGAAAGUAGAAAGAUGUCAUAAUGGCUGUUUGGCAAACAUCCUUUCUGAAUUUAAAAGUAAUCAUGUAGUUUUUCAAAAGUAUCUCUAAUCUGAUUACAAUAUUAUUGCUGUAACGUAACUGACAACAGUAAAUGUUUUUUGUAAUCAGUUACUCCCCAACCCAGGUUCUUAUGCUCAGACGUUAUAGCAAAAUGAACGGGAGCCUAAUCUAGCUUUUCUUUAGUUGAUUGUAAAUUCUCAAAGAUUAUAGGCUAGGUUACACCUUCAAAUGUUAUAAAUGGAAUGAAAUGCCUUUGUUCUCUCUCUUAUCCUGUAUCCCGUCCAUGGAGGAAGGUUGUAUGCCUAGUAGGCAUUUCUUUGUUCAUGCCUUGUAAGUUAACCUUCGGAUCUAUAUGCUUGGAAUAAUGCCUUGUAAUGCUUGUUAAUGCUUUAUAACUUCAUCUUUAUGCCUUGUAUGUGAAUCCAUUAAUUUAACAAAGAAAUUAAAUACACUUGUAUUUAGAA